GGAAGUGAGUGUUUAUAUCCAACCAAAGAAAGGCGAACGCCAUUUUGAUGCGACGUCCUGUUGGUUUAGAAAACAUGUUUAGGAGGGUCUUCCCAGCCUUGUUGCCAGCAUCAAGUGACAGUCGAGGUCUUCACGUGCCACGAGCAACCCUGGAACCUCCUUCAAAGGUAGCUCAUGAAGAAACGGCGACCUUCUCAAAUGAGGAUUUGGGCAUGGAUGCUAUAACACCAUGGUCGGUUACUGCAAAGGGUCCCCGGGGCAUUGACUACAGUCGAGUAUUAACUCAUUUUAAAGCACACAAAGUUGACGAAGCCGUGGUAGAAAAGCUUCGUGAAGUGGUUGGGAAGAUUGCCAAACGCACGCAUAGCAAAGAUGCAACGUAUCCCGAGAUUCAUCAUUUCUUUUCAAGGAAGGUAGUUUUCUCCCAUCGCGACUUUGGAUUAGCGCUAAGUGAAGUCGAAAAGUCAUUCCAGAAAGGGCAGCAACGCGUUUUCCUUUACACAGGGCGCGGUCCCAGUGCUAACAGUAUCCAUCUCGGUCACUUCAUCCCUUUUCUACUCACGAAAUACUUACAGGAUGUUCUGGACCUCCCCUUAGUCAUACAAAUCACGGAUGACGAGAAAUACUUAUUUCGUGAUGUCCCGUUCACGGGGGAUGCUGCGGACAAGAUGAUCUCUGAAAACAUCAAAGACAUCAUUGCUUUUGGGUUUAACCCGAAGCGGACUUUCAUUUUCCGAAACACGCACUAUUUUGGCGAGUUGUACCCAACCGUCUUGAGGCUGCAAAAGAUAAUGACUUGCAAUGCCGUGAAGCACACGUUGGGGAUCGAGGAUGAGGCUAAUAUUGGCAGGAUUGCCUUUCCCGCCACGCAGGCGGCACCGUGCUUCGCCUCCGCGUUUCAUUGUGUUCUCCCGCCUACGGGCGCGGCGAUGCGGUGCCUCAUCCCUUGUGCGAUCGAUCAGGAUCCGUUUUUUAUCCUUGCGCGAGCGGCAGCCUCGAGGAUGGGGCAGUUGCCGCCAGCACUCCUCCACACGAAGUUCCUGCCCGCGCUCAGGGGUCCUGGCCACAAGAUGAGUAGCAGUGAGUCGAAAAAUGGCCUUAUCAGUGCGCAUGACUCCGAUGAGCUGAUCCAAAAGAAGCUGCUAAAGGCGUUUUCAGGCGGUAAAGCCACACUAGUGGAGAUGCGCGAGCAAGGUGCUGAUCUUGAUGUGGACGUCGCUUACCAGAUUUUGAAGUUUUUCUGCAAUGACGACGUUCUUUUCCGAGAUAUCACUGAGCGUUACCGCUCAGGAAGGAUGGAUAGUGGUGAGGUGAAGAAUUUGGCAGCGAACCUUCUAAUAAGAGGAGUGCUGACAGACUGGCGCGAGCGACGAGCAAGGGUAACAGACAAUCACGUGGAACAGUUCUGUGCAGUGCGAAACAUUCUUGCCUAAGGUCCUCAGGUGUUAGUAGGAAAGAAAUAGAUAACGUAGAGAGAGAGAGAGAUACGCUGCACCUAUUUACUGUUCAGUGCGACAAGGACACUACAGAAAGACACUAAUGUGUUCUUUGCCUCGACUCUAUU